AUGACUAGUAUACUGAACCUUAUUGAAAAGCCCACUGAUAACGAAAUGACUCAAGAAUUUGAUUUUUCCAAUCAUUCUCAUCGUCGCUACAAUCCAUUGUCCAACACUUAUGUCUUAUGUUCACCACAUAGGGCAAAGCGACCAUGGCAAGGAGCAGAGGAAGAAAUCAGAAAACAAAGGCUACCCACCUUUGAUCCCAAGUGCUACUUGUGUCCCGGGAAUAUUCGUGCUACUGGAGAUAGUAAUCCAAAGUAUGAAUCAACUUAUAUAUUUGUCAAUGAUUAUCCAGCUGUCAAGUUAGAUCAACCAGAGUAUCACAGCAAAGAAAGCCACUCUUUAAAAGAUAGAUUAAUGAAAUGUGAAGGAGUGAGAGGAAAGUGCUUUGUCAUUUGUUUCAGUCCAAACCAUGGCUUGACAUUACCAUUAAUGUCUGACGAAAACGUCUUAAAUGUUAUUGAGUGUUGGCAAAAGCUCUACAGAGACCUCAUGGCUGAAGCCUUUCAAAAGAAGGCACCUUUCAAGUAUCUUCAAAUUUUUGAGAAUAAGGGCACAGCAAUGGGAUGCUCAAAUCCUCAUCCCCAUGGUCAAGCUUGGUGUCUUGAUAUUAUACCCACUGAAGUUGAUGAAGAACUUCGAAACAUGACAAAGUAUAAAGAGAAAAACCAAUCGCACUUAUUGGGUGACUACGUUGAACUAGAGGUAAAGGAGAAAAAAAGAGUAGUACUUGAAAAUGAUUCUUUCUUGGUCGUUGUUCCAUUCUGGGCUCUUUGGCCAUUCGAAACUUUGGUCAUCGCAAAGCAACAUUUGAGAUCUCUUGAUGACUUCAAUGAGAAGCAAAAACUCGAUUUAGCUACGAUUUUAAAGAAGCUCACAACAAAAUACGAUAAUCUUUUCAACACUUCGUUUCCUUAUUCGAUGGGAAUCCACCAGGCCCCUUUCGAUUGUAAAGAUCAUAAUCAAAAUGCUUGGUUCCAUAUGCAUUUCUAUCCUCCGCUACUCAGAUCAGCUUCUGUGAAGAAGUUUUGCGUUGGCUUUGAAAUGUUGGGGGAAGCUCAGAGGGAUCUAACGAGCGAACAGGCUGCCUCAAGGUUACAAGAGCUAGAUGAGAACGUUCAUUUUAUGAACAGAUGA